ACUUCACGCACUAAAAUCCACACGCCGCGAACGCAGAGGAGCGGAAGCAACCCAACCCCAACCCAGCCCAGAAUAAACACGCGACGCAAUUCCCCAACCCAAUUCCUGCUCCUUGCUUCUUCCUCACGCACGCACGGGAUAAUCUUCCCCCUCCCCUCCCCUCCCCAAAUCCGCUUUAUUAGCCCGCGCCCCGAUCGAAAUUCCAUCCGCCCUCGAUUCCCCCCCAAGCACUCCGCUUCUUCGAGCUCCCGAUUCCUUCCUUCGUUCAGGAAGCCCCCCGAAUGCGUCGGCUCCAUCCCGCCGGGACCAGAUUCUGACCCCAAACUCGCUCGCGCUCUUCCGCCGGGACCAGAUUCGGGUUCGUCUCCGGCCGGGAUCCUCGCUCGCCCCCGGCCGCCGUCCAAUUUGGUGUGGAUAGUUAAGAGGCUUUGAGUUUUCCGAUUCGAGCUCGUCGGAGGGAAGAGCAUCUCGGACUCUGGCGACCAUGUCCCUGUCGGCGAUUUCCCUGUACACCGCCCCGCCGGGAGCCGCCUACUCCUCCUCCUCCUCCUCUGAGUUCGACCCGGGCUCGCGCGGCUCGCCGCCGUGCAGCACCGCGGCGCCGCCCCCGCCGGCCGCCUCCCACCGCCCGUCCGCCGGCGCCGGCGCCGGCGGCCUCUCCUGCCUCUUCUCCUCCCCGGCCGCGGCCGCCGCGCCGCCCCGCGCCCCUGCGCACGACGAGCUCGGCGCGCUCUGGCACGACGGAUCCGACGACCUCAGCUUCGGCGGCGGCGGCUACUCCCACUCGCCCUCGCCGCUCAAGUGGCGCGACCUCCACCACCACCACCACAGCCCCGUCUCGGUGUUCCAGGGGCCCUCGUCCUCGCCGGCUUCCCGGAGCCCGUCGUCGGCCUCCUGGCUCACCGGCCGCGAGCGCGACCGCCUCUUCUCCGGCUUCGUGCGCAACGCGCUCGGCUCCUGCAUCGACUACGUCCCGGCCACCAGCCCGCGGCCCGAGGUCGGCGGCGGCGAGCUCGCCUUCGAGCUCGACGAGAACCUCGCGGGGGCGAGCCCCGCCUGCGAGCCCUACGCCCAGGAGCUCCUCGCCGGCGCUCAGGCUCGCCACCGCAUCUUCCACGAGGAGCUCGUCGUGAAGGCCUUCUUCGAGGCCGAGAAGGCCCACCAUGGCCAGACGAGGGCGAGCGGCGAUCCAUUCCUGCAACAUUGCGUGGAGACGGCGGUGCUGCUGGCCAAGAUCGGAGCGAGCGCCACGGUCGUCUCUGCCGGGCUUCUGCACGACACCAUCGAUGAUUCCUUCGUGGAUUACGAUCACAUCUUCCACAUGUUCGGUGCCGGCGUGGCUGAUCUCGUGGAAGGGGUUUCGAAGCUGAGCCACUUGAGCAAGCUUGCUCGUGAUAACAACACGGCAAGCAGAACUGCUGAAGCAGAUCGCUUGCAUACAAUGCUCCUUGCAAUGGCUGAUGCACGGGCUGUUCUAAUAAAGUUAGCAGAUCGUGUGCAUAACAUGAGGACCUUAGAAGCCUUGCCUUUGGUCAAACAACAAAGAUUUGCUAAGGAGACCAUGGAGAUCUUUGUGCCUUUGGCCAAUCGAUUGGGGAUUGCUAGCUGGAAAGACCAGCUCGAAAAUCUUUGCUUCAAGCACUUGAACCCCGAAGAGCACACGGAGCUGUCAUCAAAAUUCGCAGAAACCUUUGAUGAGGCGCUAAUCACAUCUGCUGUGGAUACACUGGAUGAAGGUCUGAGGGAAGCAGGCAUCUCAUAUCACAAUCUAUCUGGAAGGAACAAAAACCUUUACAGUGUUUACUCCAAGAUGCAGAAGAAGAAUUUGACAAUGGAUGAAGUCCAUGAUAUCCAUGGCCUGCGCCUUGUGGUUGACAAGGAGGAAGAUUGCUACCGAGCACUCGAUGUUGUCCAUAAACUCUGGCCCCAAGUCACCGGAAGAUUCAAGGACUACAUAUCGCGGCCGAAAUUAAAUGGGUACCGUUCAUUGCACACUGUUGUCAUGAGCGACGGUGACCACACAUUCGAAGUCCAGAUCCGCACAAAGGAGAUGCAUCUACAGGCCGAGUAUGGGUUCGCUGCGCACUGGAGGUACAAGGAAGGCUCGUGCAGGCACUCCUUCGUGCUUCAGAUGGUGGAAUGGGCGAGAUGGGUGCUUACGUGGCAAUGUGAAGCAUUGAACAAGGAACAUUCAUCGUCCCAAGUGAAAAGCGAUUCCAUCAAACCUCCUUGCCCGUUUCCCCUGCAUUCGGAGGAAUGCCCUUACUCGUACACCCGCCAAUGCAACCACGACGGACCCUUGUUCGUCAUCUUACUCGAACAUGAUAAGAUGUCUGUCCAAGAAUUCCCAGCAGGCUCGACCGUAAUGGACCUGAUGCACCGCGUUGGAGCCAACAGCCCGAGGUGGAGCCCCUACAGCAUACCGAUGAAGGAGGACCUGCGGCCGAAGGUGAACCACGAGCCCAUAAGCGACCUGGGAAGGGCGCUGAGCAUGGGGGACGUGGUGGAGCUGACCCCGGCCCUCCCCGACAAGUCGCUGACCGAGUACCGGGAGGAGAUCCAGCGCAUGUAUGACCGCGGUGGUUUCGCCCUUGCCGCCACCCGCAGCGGCAGCGGUGGCUCAAGACGCCGAUGACCCCGCGGCGCUUACCGCAGUGUUAACAAACAACCUGUUGUACGAUGAUGUUCGAGUCCAACCCAUUCAAUUCGUUGUAAAUACAUACAGACUACAUAGUCUAAUUCUUGGCGGCCAUGAUGAGGCGCUGUAGGAUCACCCCCGGAUGCAAGGGGAGAGUCCACCAGCCUUGGCUGCAAAAUGUGUACACUAGCAGAGCAGAACCAUGUAUACUAUGACAAGAGUCGUUCAAGUUC